CAGGGAGGGAAGGGUUUCCUAAAUGCAUCUAAAAGGUUAUCACGAGCGAAGUUGCUGAGCUCCUGAAUGGGGCUGAAGGAAAGGGGGAAUCUCUUUGAGUCAUCUUUUACCCUCAGAGAUGGGGAAGAAGCUGCUGCUGAUGGAUGUUGACUGUGGGGUGGACGAUGCCCAGGCUAUAAUGAUGGCUCUGGCGGCUCCCAACGUCCAGCUCCUGGGGAUUACCUGUUGCCACGGAAAUACCCCGAUUGACAACGUGUGCAAAAACGUGCUUCGGGUCUUGAAAGUCUGUCACAGGAUGGAGAUCCCUGUGUUCCGUGGUGCAUGUCUCCCUCUCCUCGAAGACGAGAUGUCCGGUGCUGUUUACCACGGGACGGAUGGACUGGGUGAUGCUCCAGAUCCCAGCGCUCCGGGUCUGGAGCAGGUACAGACUGAGCACGCUGUGAAUGCCAUGAUCAGGAUCAUCGCUGAGCAUCCCGGGCAGGUCUCUCUUGUAGCUAUUGGCCCCCUGACCAAUGUGGCCCUGGCUGUUAAGAUGGACCCCACCUUCCCUUCCAAACUGAAACACUUGUACAUCAUGGGAGGAAACAUGGAAGGGAGAGGGAACGUGAGCGUGUGCGGAGAGUUUAACUUCAGAACAGACCCUGAAGCAGCUUACAUCGUUCUGAAUCAAUUCACGUGUCCCACCUACAUCUCCACCUGGGAAUACUGUAUCCGUCAUCCACUGUCCUGGGAGUUUUUUAAAGACUGGGUGAACCAGGACUCUGCGAAGGCUCAGUUCAUGAAACGGAUAACUGCACACAGCGAGACCUUUGCUAAAAGCGAGCGAGGCCUCAGAGAGCAGUAUCAGACACCCGGCUUCGUGCCCUGUGACUCCUACGCCGUGGCUGCCAUGAUUGACGAGAGCGUGGUGACGGAGUGGGAAGAGUGUGGAGUAAGUGUGGAGUUACGGGGCUCGCUGACCAGAGGUAUGAUGGUCCUGGACACCCUCGACCUGCUGAAGAAAGAAUCUCGAGCUUUUCUGAUGAAGAAAUGCAACAUAGAAAAGUUUCAACAGCUCAUGGUGUCUAUUCUGAAAUAGAUUGGUGCCGGUAAUAAUAAUAAUAUUAAUGAUAAUAAUAAUAAUAAU